AACUAUAAGGAAUAAUUAUUAAUUAACGUUAAUCGCCUGAUCACCACAAGAACUCACAUUCGUUUAAAAUUAACGAAAUUUUUUCGUAAACUGAAGUGUGAAUUCCUGAAUUGACAACCAUUAACUUCGAUUACUAUACACGAGAUUCGUGCAUACUGCGUUCUGCUCAUAACGUUCUGCUUAGAAGGGCUAGAAAAAAAAAAAGAAUGGCUUCGCUGCAAUCAAAGGAUAUAAGACUUUCUCAAGGUGUAGAAAGUAUACCAAAAGUACUAACUAAUGUAUUUUUAAAAAUACCAAUUGGCAUAUGUUACCAGAAAUUUGAUGAAAUGAGAAGGAAUAAAGAAUUAUGUGAUAUAAAGAUCGUUGCGAAAAAUGGUGAAGAAAUAUGGGCUCAUAAAGUUGUUCUCGCAGCCAACAGUGAAUAUUUUAAUAUUAUGUUCAAUAGCCAAUUUAAAGAAUCUAAAGAAUUGGAAAUCAAAAUUCAAGAAUUAGAUCCAUAUGUGUUGAGUUCAUUAAUUGACUUUAUUUAUUCAUCUGAGUUAGUUGUAAAUGAACAAAAUAUCAAAGAAAUUAUAGAAGGAAUUUGUUUUUUACAAUUAGAUGAAACAAUUUGCAACAAAUGUGUGGAAUAUAUUAAAUCAAGAAUUGAACCCUCCAAUUGUUUAGGUAUAAAAGAAAUGGCUGAAUGUCUUGGAUUAAAAGAUUUAUGUUUGUUUUGUUUAACUUAUGCUUCAAUUAAGUUUAGUGAUGUAUAUAAAAAUGAAGAGUUUUUACAUAUAACUCUUAAUGAAUUAAUACCAAUUAUUAAAAAUGAAGAUUUAUGUGUAGCUGAAGAAAAGGUGUAUGAAUCUGUAAUAAAAUGGAUUAAACACGAUAGAGAAAAUCGUAAUAAACAUUUACCUGACUUAAUGAAAUAUGUACGGUUACCAAUUAUUUCGCAGGAAUUUUUGGAGAGUACUGUUGAUAAAGAACUACUUUUGGAAUUUAAUAAAAAUAGUAGAGAAUAUUUAGAUGGAGCUUAUCCUGUUCAUGGUACUGAGUUAAAAGCACCAAAUUCUAUCCGUACACAAUAUCGUUCAAAUUAUUCAGAAUAUGUUUUAGUUAUGGGUAUAAGUGGUAGUAUCCAUCAUCCUCUUUUGUAUAACGUUAUAACAAAUCAGUGGAAAACUGUAUCAAUAACUAUUCCGCUGAAUAGUUAUGGUCUAACUGUUUUACUCAAUGAUGGUCGCUUAUUUAGUGUUGGUGGUGUUUGUUAUACAACUAGGAGCGAACAUUUAAAUAAUUUGUUUCAUGUAAGUUUGCCACUCAAUUCAUGUCAUAUUUUUGAUGCUAACACAAAACAUUGGAGAUUAAUGAAAAGGAUGUUGAAUCAUCCAAAUGAAUCCAAUAUCGUUCAGAUUGGUAGUCGUAUUUAUGUGCCAGAUAUUUAUGAUAGUGAAUAUUAUGAUAUUGAAAAUGAUAAAUGGUUUAAAAUGAACUCUAUAAAUUUAAAUCGAACUGAUUAUGCAGUUAUUGCUCUUAAUGGAUUUAUAUAUGCUGUUGGAGGAAAUCUUACAUCAUAUGGUGUUGAAGUUGUAGAACAGUUUGAUCCAAAAACUAAUACUUGGAAACAAGUGGCAUCAAUGUUAAAAGGUAGAGUUGCUCCUACACUUUGUGUAUUGAACAGUUGUAUGUAUGCUAUUGGAGGAAGAAACUAUGGGGAUAUCUAUUUGUCUUCAGUGGAAAAGUAUGAUCCUUCAACUGACUCUUGGGAAAAAGUGACAAAUUUAAAUCAUAGUAGAUCGAAUGCAGGUGCUGUGACUGUAAAUGGAUUGAUUUAUGUGUUUGGAGGUGAACACAGCAAUUUCACAAUAGAAGUAUAUUGUCCUUACAAAAAAACAUGGUCAGUGUUGUCGUCAAAAGUACCUGACACUUUCGAUAAUUAUGGUUGCUGCAAUGCGUUCAAUGUCAAACGACACAUUCAAAAUGAAGUUUUAAAGUUAACUGAUUAAAUAUAACUCCUAUUGAUUUUUUUUAAAAAAUUUUUACUAUUAAUAUAUAAUAAUUGGUUAUGAAAAUACUGAUUAUUUAUAUGAUGUAUUAUUAUGUUGAGUUUUCUUAAUCGUUUUUUGUUAAAUUAUUAUGUUGUAACGAUAGCCACUCUUAUCAAUGGUGGGCAUUCACUUGUUAAAAAGUUAAGUUUUUUUUAAGAUUUUAACUUAACUAGUAAGUUGUAUGUACUAUAAUAAUAAUUUUAAGGUUUAUGUUUAGUGCUAAAUGUCUUGAUUGUGAGGGUUUCAUCGAUGGAUGAUUUCCCUCAUCAUGUGCUUUAUGUGCUGUUUUUUUCUCUUAUUGCGUCUGUGUUAUGUCAGUCAUCUUUUUUACUUAUUGUGUAAUAUAAUAGUAUAAUACAGAUUGUAAAUUUUUCAAAUAAAAAAAAAGAAAUAAAAAGCUUC